GCGGAGCGGGGAGGCCCGUCCCGCCGCCGGCGGAGUGCUGUGGGGCGACAGGGUGCUGCCGUGCCGAUGGUGCUCAUGACUGAGCCGCGGUGCGAUGCGGAGGAGCCGAGGGCUGUGCGGGCCGCCGGCAGGCGGGAGAGCAGGGGCGGUCCGCGGCUUUCAGAUGGAGAAAAUGGAACAGAUGAAAAGAGAAAGGCAGGAAAAUUGCCUACUGUGUUGCUGCAGACCCCCACCAGUGAAAUGGAGUAUUUUGAUGAUCGGAAAAAAGUUGAUGUUGCUAGGACAAAGAGCAGCACAGAUAGUCCAGUCCUGUCAAUGGAUAUCAAGAGUGACUCCAAGAUUGAAAGGAAAAAACGUGCCUCAAAUCAGCUGAAGGCAAAUGCACACUUUCAUAAGCUGUUUCUAGAUGUUCCCAUUGAUGAGCCACUGAAACAAAGCUUUACCUGUGCUCUGCAGAAAGAAAUUCUGUACCAAGGAAAGUUAUUCCUUUCUGAAAACUGGAUUUGCUUCCAUUCCAAAGUUUUUGGUAAAGACACUAAGAUUAGUAUACCUGUGCUGUCAGUGACGCUGCUGAAGAAAACCAAAACUGCCCUUCUUGUGCCAAAUGCCCUGAUCAUAGCGACAGUCACAGAUAGGUACAUGUUUGUCUCCUUACUCUCCAGAGAUACCACCUACAAGCUGUUAAAAUCUAUCUGUAGACAUCUUGAGGAUACAAGCGUAGGCAACAGUCCAAAUCCCUCUUCUGCAGAAAACAGCUUCAGGGUUGAUCGUCCUACAACCCUCCCCCUGGAUUUCAAUGAAGAUUAUUCUGAUCUGGAUGGAAUAGUUCAGCAGCGAAGACAAGAGAUGGAAGAGUCCAGCAGCACAGGCUCACAGACACCAGAGCUGGAAUGCUUCCAAGAUUAUCAUGUCAUGGAAACAGAGACUCACUUGAAAGUUUCCAAGACUGAGACCAAGUCUGUUCGUUCAGAUGCACAUAAUAAACGUGGACCUGAUGGAAAAGCCCGAAACAGUCCUCGAAAUGGCCAUUCUGAAGCCUUCAGGUUCUUCCACAAAGUGAAGUCCCAGAAGCUCUUAUCUCUGAACCAUGUGCUUGUGUUUUACGCAGUUGUUGUUUGUAUAUUAAUAUUUUCUACCUUCUACAUGAGAUAUAAAAUCAGUGUCCUGGAGGAACGUCUUAUGUCCAUCACAUCCUUUGAUUCACAUAUUAAGGAAAAUCCAGUGCACCAAGGUUUGGGAUCUCAUCUGCAAAUUAAUGCUGAUGCCCUUUGUGAUGAGUUAACUGCCAAUCUUGUGAAAUUGGAAAAGUGUGAGCUCCUCCAAGAGCCCCAGUUCUCAGGAAAUGCAUGCUUUGGCAUGGAUUCUCCAUGGGCUGCGGUGUGGACAUCUCUGCCAUGAAGUACCUCCUCCCCCACCUCCUUCUCAGAGUUUGGGGUUUCUUUUGCUGUUUCCCAUCCUCUUACUCUCCUUCUGUCUUUGUGUGGUGUUUUUUCACCUUUCUAAAAUACUUUACCAGAUGCUCCACCACCAUCAUGGCUGGGUUGAUGCAGUGGGUCCAUCAGAGGCUGCUGAAAUGUCUGUGUCUAGCAUGGGGCAGCCCCUGAUUCUUUCCCACAGCUGCUGCCCCUGCAGAGCUCGUCCCACCCUGCCCCCAAACGCUGAUAAAUGCAUCCAGUACAGGUAUAUGAAAUGUUGCGUGUUGGGAACACAUACAAAGGCCAAGAAUGACAAAAGUACUGAUGGAACAAAACCAAAAGUUACUUGAAUUCCUAUGUGCUUAAGUCACGUGGGAUAUUUUUGCCUCUGUUUCUAAAACUGAGUCUGUGCCAAGGUCUUUCAACACAUUUUUUCCCCAAACCAAGUUUCUCAAAUAGCAUAAAGCUAAGAUUAUAUAAUAUCACCUCUGUGGCACAGAUUUUAGAAAUACUGCCAAAAAGGAGUUUCUUCCCCACAUCUUCAGCCCCUCGUCAGUGGAAAUCUAGAGUAAUGCUAUCAUUACCCCUCUCUGUGCUCUGCAUAAUAACAGUGUGAGUACAAGGGGAAAAUGCUUUCCAGAUGGUUACCAGAUAGAAUCUUUGGCCAAAUUAGGUCAUUUAAGAGGUUACUGCUUUCUAGCUGUCUGGGACAGGCUGGCAAGAUGGUUCAUGGGAGGCCUUAUUUCAGUGGGAAGCCAGCCAGCCAGCCCUUUGCAGCAGGGCUAGGCACUUUCCCAUUCCCUUAUAUAGUCUCUGCUUGGAGACACAGUAAUAGGCAGCUGGAUUGUUGGAUCAUUCAGCUGUUCCCAGAGAAGUGACCCCCCUUAAGUCGUGUGGUUUUUUCAUUUGGUGUCUACAGGAUUGGACCCUCAAAAACUUACUUGACAGCUGUUCAAGACAGUGAAGUGUUCUGCAUACAAGAUAAAUCAGUAUUGCCCAUAGGUGCAUAAUGCCACAUGCUGGUUCUCUCUAAUCUAGAUAAGCAGUGGUUAAAACAGAAUGUUUGACCCUACUCUUUGUACUGCAAAAGUGGUAGAAAUCUGAUAGCUUUUGGUUCUCUGAGCAAAGUUACUACAGUUGCUUAACAGUUUCAUAUGCUUUAGUGAAUAGUGGUGCAGCAGCAGAGGUGGUGUAAAAAGUUCCAGUGUAACUUGUCUCUCCACUUGCUUCCUCUGUGAGCGCAGCACUGUAAACUGGAGCACAGAGAUUAUCUAGAUUGAAAACUAAAAACUACUUUGCAGUUAAAAGAUGUUCAGUGCAAGAGUAUGUUGCAAUGACUUUUUCAGUGUGACCUUGUGAUUUUUACAAGCUCUCAUUUAUGCCUGGAGCCAAGGAACUAUCAUGGCUUACCAAAAUUCUGCUAAUUUGGCAUUUAAUUUUAUUUAACAGGUUGUUGAAAUGCACCAUGUGUAUCAGAGGAUAAAGCAUUAAAUGGGGGAGGGAAAAUGUGUCUUAAUAUUACUCAUUCCCUUAUGCUAACUUAUCUUGUUAAAAGGAAAUUCAUGUUUGUGUUGUAACUCUUAAAAAAUUAGAUACUUCUUACUGCUUCCCUUUCCCCAGAAUACCACUCUUGAAAACGGUAUGCAUCUGGGAUAGAAAUCAUGAAGUAGGAUUAAAAAGUGGUAUCCUUGAACAGGAAGUAAAAUGGCUUCUCAGAUAAAAGCCUGAAAGUAGCUGGGACUAAACCUUCUGUAACCAGUGACUGUGAGUUACUAAGAUACUGACAUAUCAAGUACUUGUGUGCCAGGGGAUGUGACCCACUAUAUUCCCCCCUCUCUGCUUUUAAGGACAAGGAGAUGAAAAGUGGAAAAAUAGGCUGUGUAAAAAUAGGUCUGUACAAAUUAUCCUCGAGGAUGCCACUGGCUGGCAUUGCCUUCAGUGUAGCUAAGAGAGGAUGACCCACAAUCAGUGGACUAAACCUGGCAAAUGGGACACAUCUCCUAAUGGUUAAAAGACCUUAUUUUGCAGUGCACACAUCAUAGAGGAAGCUGUUACAAAAACUGUUUGAAUUAUCCACUUAAACCAUAGAGCUGUGACGUGGAAGAGGCCUUUAUCAGAUUUUGAUUAAGCUCAAAAUAAUUGGGUUUCUUGUCCCAUUGCUUCAAGCUGGAAUUUUAUUUCUAUCUUAUUUUCUCAUACCUAAUGAAGGAGAGGAUCUGUAGGAGAAAAUUGCAGGAGAUACUCAUAAUAUAAAAGCUAGAUAUUGUGGUGGUCAGUCGUAUCUAGGUGUUUCCUUUGAUGCUAGUGCAGGAAACAUUUAACAGGAAUACCACUGGUAUGAAUAGGUGUGACAGAAUUAACAUUCACAGAGAGUAUAUUGAAAAGCAUGUCUUGAUUUUAUUUUUUAUUUCAAAUGCAACAUAACACUUCCUGUGUCUCCCCUGUUUCCUUCUUUUUCUAAGAUACAGAACAACUUACAGAAACUUCUUGAAGAUGGUGAAUGAAACAUCAUUGUUCUUGGACUGCUUCAAACCUCAUUCUUCCAUCGUGACAAACAGUUCCAAAGGAGCUCUGCUGGCCAGAGUUCAAGCUUCUUUAUUUUCAGUCCAAGCCAAGCUUAAACUACUGUAAAGCUCAUGUCAUAAUGCAAAAAGUCAGUUUAUUCUUGAACAUAUAUCUAUUUGUUUUGAAAACAUACAUGGUUUGAUCUACAUGUAUCUAUGUGUUUUAAAAAUAUGGGGAUUUUUCUUUCUCUUUUGUGUGUGAAUUAGUGGACUUUAUAGCUUGCUUGAUUCUAGACUUGCUUACACCGGUGCAAACCUGGUCCAUAUCCUUUUACCUCAACAUUUGCUUUAUGCCUGUUGUCAUACAAAUGUAAAUGAGAAGAAUUUCAGUCAUGACUCAUGUGCUGAAGUGCUGUGUGAAUGAGCAGGUAUCUGUUUUAGCUUUGGUUAUGGAACGGUGCUGUGCUCUUCAUUUUUACUUACUUCUUUGCACCCUGACAUCCCAAAGAUCAGAAAAUAGAUGCCUCUGCAUUUGGGUAUGCAAAGUGCUGAAUGUUUGAGGCCUGCUCAGUUCUCAGGUGCUGUAAAAAGGCUCAAUUUCACCUUCUGUGACAUUGUAUCACCACUGAGGGUAAGGUCUGUUUCUACUGAGCAUUCAGUUUCUAUGGAUUUGCCAACUUACAAUCUAGUUGUUUAUGAAUGGCAGAAUGGGUGUGACACACCUGCACAAUUUAGAAAAGCCACUUGGUUUUUUUUGUCCACUCAUGUCAUCUCUGUCCUUUAUGUUAGUCGGUGUGAAGACCCUCAGUCAGCUUUCCUUGGAGUUGAAUGGGGUUUUGGUUGGCUGAGCAAGUGCGAUUUAUACUCCACUUAGUGGAAAUCUAGCCUUGGUAUGUGACUCCAGGGACUGGAUAUUUCCACAUAAUAGGGACUGGCAAAUUAAUGGUGCAGCAAUAUAAACAAUCAGUAGAGUGAAUGAUAAAGUGGACACCUGCUUUGUUUUAUCACAUACUAUUUUUUUCAGAGUGCCUAAGAUGGGGAUUUUUAGCUUUCUGAUUCACCAAGCAGGCUCAUUAGUUUUUAAAAGCAAUAUUUAGGAUAAUAACAACUACUAUCUGUAAAGUAACAGUAUUGUUUGUAAUAUGCUAUGCAUUUUAUAACCAUUUCUGUGAAAUGUACCUACUAUGUUUAAAUAAACUUUUUUAA